AUGCCACCAAUCGCUUUCGGUACUUUUGGAAAGAUUAAGGACGUGAAGACCAUUACAAAAACAGUGGUUGAAGCGAUAGAAUCGGGAUACCGACAUUUCGAUACCGCUCCCUUAUAUUUCAAUGAGGUGCAGGUAGGGGAGGGUAUUGUAAGCGCCAUUGAGCGUGGUCUAGUAGACAGAAAAGAUCUAUUUAUCACAACCAAGCUUGAUAUCUAUUCAAAUCGAAGUGAAGUCGUUCCUGCUCUCAAAAGAAGCCUGCAGAGGUUACAAUUGGCUUACGUCGAUCUUUAUCUUAUCCACAUACCAUUCGAUGUGAUUACAGGCAAAGAAAUAAACUGUACUGAUAUAUGGGAAGGCAUGGAGGAAGCGAAACUAUCAGGACUGACAAACUCGAUUGGAAUUUCAAAUUUUAAUCAUUCACAAAUAGAUAAAAUACUUGAAGUGUGUAAUAUAAAACCUGCUGUUAUUCAAGUGGAGGUAAGCCCUACGUUUACAAACAUUGCCCUGGUGGACUACUGUCAGAGUCACCAAAUACACGUGACUGCUUUUUCACCAUUCGGGUUUUUAGCACCGCGACCUUUUAGAAAUUACACCCCCACCACAGAUUUUGCUAACACCACGUUGGUGACCAUAGCUAAGAAGCACAACAAAACCCCCAGUCAAAUUGUGCUACGUUAUCUGAUAGAUCGUGGAAUCACACCGAUACCGGCGUCUUCUAACAAAGAUUACAUGCAAUUAAAUUUUAAUGUAUUCGACUUUAGUCUCACACAAAGUGAAGUAGUCAGUAUUAAUAAUUUAAACGUAAGCGAGGCAGUUUACGAUUUUGAUAACUUGGAUAACUUGUACCAAUACUUUUUUGAUACUAAUAUGGAAGAAGUUUUCAAAAUCGUGAAUGAUAUGUAAUUUUUUUAUUAUAU